ACGCUCCGCAGCGGUCCCGCAUUCGUUAGCGAACCGUUGAGUGAAGCGGAAGCCCUCGCAACGCGUCCGAGGGCCCUUUUUUCCCCUCUCGAGUUGGGUUGUUGUUUUUUUUUCUAACCGGGUCGUCAGAAUUGUUCAGUGUUUGUGUCUGUGGCGCGUGUGAUGAUUUUUUUGUGUUGCCCUCUCACCACACAACCGCAAGGCCGUAGUUGAGGGAAGCCUCUUGAAAGCUUUGCAAGCUAAGCUAAUUAAACGAGACAGUGGCGUAGAGCAUUGUGUACAAACAGCUGUAACAGGUUGUUCUCUUUCGUGGAGUGUGUGUGUGUGUGUGUGUGUCUGUGGUGCUACUAACGAUUUUGUAGUAAAUUUCAAUUAUUUUACAAACCUAAAACGAUCGAAACGUAGAUCGAACCACGUAGUGGCCACCACUAUCGCCUAAGGUCUUGCACCCGGAACUGUGAUAAGCGGCGUACAACGACCGCGGACGGCAGGGUGGGGUUGGAAGUAGCUGACCUGACCCGUUGCAAGUAAACCAUGUGCUUAGUACCGUGCCAUUGACACAGAGAACGAUCUUUGUCGGGUUUAAGUACAACACCUCUCUUGCUCGCGUGUGUGUGCGUCGGAAUUUCUCGUAUGAUCUAAGAAAGCGUAAAACGCUACUACGACUACUACCUCUCUAUAGUGUGUUGAAUUUGGUUCCGAUCCGAUCCCCGAUCAAGGGCUGCAGAGCGGUGACGAAACGGGAGCGCGCGACCGCGUACUUGAUUGUUCUUAUCACCCUGUUGCUGCUGCUGCACCCCGCUAAAUCUACCGUGACCCCGUGCGGUUUAUGACGGAUUAAAAAGCCCACUCACGCUGGAAGUAGCGCCCUGUACGGUUGGUACAUGUGUUUGUGUGCUCGUGUCCCCGGCUACGGUAAUCCCGGCCAGUCGUUUGCCCUGGAUGCGCCCUGAUACCCGGCCUGGUUGGUGUGCGCAAACCGAGCGAACGAGCUCAGUAUGAUGCUGAUUACGGCAUUUGCCGGUUGUGUCGGUGUAGUGUAAUUAGUGUGUGAUAGUGGCAGCUCCAUCCGCCGGCUCGUCGAGAGGAUCGUUCGUCACUUGCGCCAGUCCGCGCAACGCAACGUGUCGCACGGGAAAGUUAGUUUAGCGCAAAACCGUUGAGCGGAUAGAACACAGAGGCACAGAGACGGCCAGCUACGAUCGCAACGUGCGUGAACGUCACCGGUUAGAUAUCGUCUAUAGUACACGUGAGAAGUGCGCGUGUUUUUGUUCACCGGUGUAAUUCUGUGCUUUUAACGAUUAACGAUCGCAACGCCACCACCAUCAUCAUCAUCAUGAUCGGGAUUAAAUACCUCAACGAUGCCCACCUCAAGGGGUUCGAAAAGUACAAGUACAACUGCGUCGAUACUAGUAUUCUUAGUGUGUAUGUUAUGCACCCGUUCUGGAACAAGGUGGUCCUGUUUUGUCCCCGGUGGAUAGCGCCCAAUCUACUCACCUUCACCGGCUUUCUGCUGACCGUGGUAAACUUCUUCUUGAUCGCGUACUACGAUUACGACUUCCGCGCGGCCACAGAAACUCCCAUACCCAUACCGGACUGGGUAUGGAUACUGGCGGCAAUCAAUCUUUUCGUAGCUUACACUUUAGACGGUAUCGAUGGCAAACAGGCACGCAGAACCGGAACCAGCGGACCGCUGGGCGAACUGUUCGACCAUGGUCUCGAUUCCUACUCGGCCGUCCUCAUACCGAUCUACAUGUUUACGAUAUUCGGUGCAGCCGAUCUGCCCCCAGUACGCAUGUUCUUCAUUACACUGAACGUGUUCAUGAACUUUUACCUGCCGCAUGUGGAGAAGUACCUUACCGGUGUAAUGUUCCUGCCCUGGGGCUACGAUUUUGUUAUGUGGGGCGUUUCGAUCACGCUAGCGAUCACCGGUAUUUUUGGUGCUGAGUUUUGGCAGAUCCCGGUGUUCGGCAUGAAACCGUGCCACAUCUUCGAGCUGACACUGUACAUUUCAGCCGUCAUUACUAGUCAUCCUAUUAUUAUAUAUAAUGUAUACAAAUCUUAUCGUGACAAAACGGGUAAAAUGCGAUCAUUCAGGGAAGCAAUUCGACCCCUCGUACCGCUCAGCAGCCUGUUCAUACUCUGCACCCUGUGGGUACUGUGCUCCCGCAAUGGUAUUAUCGACAUGGAACCGAGGCUAUACUUUGUAAUGUGUGGCACACUGUUCUCCAACAUUUGUUGUCGGCUCAUUGUAGCACAAAUGUCGGAUACCCGGGCCGAUCUGUGGAACGGGCUGCUUAACUUGCUGUGCGUCGUUACACUCUUCUCCGUCCUGCCGUACCCAUCGCUCGGGCUGCCCGAGCUGAGCAUCGAGAUCGAACGAUACCUGCUGUACGGGCUGACCGUGUGCGUAACGAUCGCGCACCUUCACUACGGUGCCGGGGUGGUGCGCGAAAUGUGCCAUCAUUUCCGGAUUCGCUGCUUCAAAGUAAGAUCGGAUGCAAGUAGUAAGCGUACCGCGACCACCACUAAUAACCUAGACGUUAACCGUAACGGUAGCCAUCCUAACAAGCAUCAUCUUAACCAACGCCAGAGAAAAGCUGAGUAGUAGUGUAGCGCCCUGGUAGUAGUCUGUGGGAGUGCGCCUUAGAGUAGAGAUAACCCUAUAACAAGUUGCCAAUCCAUACCCAAUUUACUACUGUUAUUACUACUACUACAACAACUACUACUACUAUGUGUUUUGCUUCUAAGCAGAUCGUCCCAACAGUGAAGCGCAAUGCAACGAAACUAGCACUGGUGUAGUGUACGUUGUUUGUGGGCAGAACGUCUCCCGUACUGUGGUGUCGCGUCUAGAAAUUCCCAAUGUAUGUAGUGUGGUGUGUUAUCCCAAUGUACACCCGUAGACGAAGGUGGUGUAAAUGUGACUGGUGCUAGUACUAUCAUUGUCUAGUACACAAGAUACCAGUAGUGAUACGAUCACCCGGGUAGGCUGUGUUUUGUCACCGUAUCCCUUUGACUGUUUUUGUUUGAGCUGAUUAACACAUGAUACUCGUUUCGCAUGGCGCUAGAUUUUUUUUUUACUCUUCGAAACAAUCUUGUAAAUUAACUGUACAGAACUAAGCCUAAUGUUGUGUCCUUGUUUUGCUAUUUCCUGUUCAAUUUCCUUUUUGAUGACCUUUGUGCCUGUAUUGCAUUUGAACCCUGUAAAGCUAUGAACGAUCAAACGAAUGAACUAAUAAUUUACUACUUGA